AUGGCAGACCUCCGAUCUUCCAGGGACGACGAGGGCGAGGAGCGCGGGGGCUGGGCGCACGAAGACAAGGCGCGCGGGGAGCAGGGGCGCGCGCGCGAGUGGGAGGAGGCGGAGCGGCAGAGCCGCGAGGUCAAGCUGGGACUGCACCCGCUGCAGGUGCGCUUCCGCAUUGUGACUGUAUCGAAAUAUUUUGGACAGGAGACUGCAUUUGCAGAGCUUCACCGAGUGAAUCGGGUUCUUGCAUUGAGCACCUCCAUCCGUCCACCCCUCCAUCCCCGCUGCAAGCAGACGCGCUACGUGGUGUGGUACACGCGGCGGCAGCGGCAGCCGCCCGGGCAGCGCAGCGCGACGUCGUAUGAAGACAGCAUUCGGCGCAUCGCUGACUUCAGCACUGUGGAGGGGUUCUGGGGGUGCUACUGCCGCAUGGUGCGCCCAUCCGCGCUGCCCGCUCCCACGGACGUGCACGUCUUCAAAGACGGCAUCCGCCCGCUCUGGGAGGUGAGCGCCCCUCCUCUCCCCUCUUUCCACCGCUCAGAGUGUAUCCCCUCUUCACUGCGCUGCCCGCCCCCACGGACGUGCACGUCUUCAAAGACGGCAUCCGCCCGCUCUGGGAGACGGCAUCCGCCCGCUCUGGGAGGUGAGCGCCCCUCCUCUCCCCUCUUUCCACCGCUCAGAGUGUAUCCCCUCUUCACUGCGCUGCCCGCCCCCACGGACGUGCACGUCUUCAAAGACGGCAUCCGCCCGCUCUGGGAGAUGCGCCAGCCCGCCCUGCGGAUCCCCUCCUCCACCUCCGCCCCUUCUUCUCGUAUGCAGCAACCUGUUGCUUACCCCCUCUCUUCGCCCUCUGUGCGUCCACCCCCCCUUUCCCUCUUCCCCCUUCCUCCUUCCGUUAUCCAUACGUCCCCUCCUCCCAACCCCCGUGCCCCCCUGUAG